GUCCUCUCCUAACUUCUUGUUCACCUUCCUCUGCUUGCUAAUUAUAUAUAUAUAUAUAUAUAUAUAUAUGGACAAAUGCAACAAGAUCCGCCACAUAGUUCGCCUCCGGCAGAUGCUACGCCGGUGGAGGCAGCGGGCGUCGGUCUCCUCUUCCUCUCCGCCACCGGACGUCCCGGCAGGGCAUGUGGCGGUGUGCGUGGGGCGCAUGGAGCGGCGCUUCGUGGUGCGCGCGUCGCACCUCAACCACCCAGUUCUCCGGCAGCUCCUCCACCAGGCCGAGGAGGAGUACGGCUUCCCAUCCGGCCGGACCGGCCCCGUCGCCCUCCCCUGCGUUGACGAGGCCCUCUUCGAGCACCUCCUCCGUCACAUCUCUUCUUCCAGGUUCCGGAAUUGUAGCCUCGAGGACUUGGAGAUCAUGCUUUCUUUUAUAGGCGGCGACCUCAGCCAGUUCUCUGGCGACCUGCGGCCCCUGCUUCAAGGCCACCGCCACGCCGAGAAGACGGUUUGGUGAUCAAUCCAAUUAUAUAUAAAUAUCUAUAUAAACAAGAAAUUGAAGCAGACCCUUGAACAGGUUCAUUAGGUCAGUAACCAUCUUGCGUUCGUGUGGCCGAUUUAAUUCCACGAAAAUUGCCAAGGCGUCUUCAUGUAAAUGUUUGGAUUCAAGAUUAGUUUAGCAUGGUAUUUACACA